AUGACGCACACUCUUCCACCUUCAUUGCCUUAUUUCUUGCUAACUUCGUCUGCGCUGAACUCCGACGUCACCAUUCUCACUUUCCCUAUGGCGUACAAGCUGUCUAUAGAGCUCAAAGUCGUCUCCCUUCCCGUCGCCGCUAUGCCAUUGCAUGAUGCAGCAAUAUCUCAAUCGAUACCAGUUGGGGCUUUGGCUACUGCCCUUGCAAAUGCUCCUCCUGCUGAGCAGCGGACGAUGCUGGGUGAGAAUUUAUACCCACUUGUGGAGCAGCUGGAGCCUGAGAUGGCGGCCAAAGUGACUGGCAUGUUUCUUGAGAUGGACCAGACCGAGGUCUUGCACUUGCUCGAGUCCCCUGAUGCUCUGAAAGCCAAGGUUACAGAUGCUAUGGAGGUUCUGAGGAAUGUGGUUCAGCAGCAGCAGGCCACCAAUGCAGCUGAUCAGUUGGGUUCUUUGCCUCUAGAAUGACCGCCUUUUCUUUCA